AUGGUUAUUAUUUAAUACCAUGUAGUUAUUUAAUAAAUACACAAGGACAACAAAUAAUUAAUUUAUCAUUAACAAAACCAAUUGAUAUUGUUAAACAACUACGUAUACAUUUUUAUAAAUCAAUUGAUCAUGAUACUAUUGGUUUAUAA